ACUGAAAAUAAAACUACGUAAGCCAUGCGCACAUUAUGAAGUCUUGUCUGCUGUUUGUUAAGUCAGCAUUUAGACCUAGAUCUAUUCUAACUUCAAUACAAGAGGCAUUCUUUUUUGAAAAACCAUUCACUUUCAUUUAUAAAAGGACACUUUCUACAUCUGCGAAUUUAUAUUCAAAUUCAAGUAAAACAAAGUCUCAAUCGCCAUCAAAAUCAAUGUCACUCAUUGACCCAAUGGCAUCAUCACAACAUCUAGAUUCUUGCCAAAGUGAAAUUCUAAUUGAUGAAUUAAAAGAACGACUUUCCAAUACAAAACAUAAAUUUGUGGUCUGUGUUGAAGGAAACAUUGGUUGUGGAAAGACAACUCUGCUAGACUACUUCAAGAAAACUAAAAACUGUGAGAUCCUGGCUGAGCCUGUAGACAAAUGGAGGAAUAUUGAUGGACAUAAUGCUUUGGAACUGAUGUAUAAGGACCCACAUCGAUGGGGCAUGACUCUACAGACCUAUGUACAACUUACAAUGCUCCAGGCACACACCAAAGUUCAGGAAUACCCAGUGAAAUUGAUGGAGAGGUCACUUUAUAGUGCUAAAUAUUGUUUUGUGGAAAAUCUUUAUAAAAGUGGCAAGAUGGCUGACAUAGACUUCAUUGUUCUAACUGAAUGGUUCAAUUGGAUUAUCCAGACACAAAAUGUGAAAGUUGAUCUAUUUGUGUAUCUGAGAACUGAUCCUGAAGUUCUCUUCUCAAGGAUUAAACAACGGCAUCGUGAAGAAGAAAUGGGAAUUCCAUUAGAAUACUUGAAGGAUCUCCACCAGCUUCAUGAAGAUUGGUUUAUCCAUAAGAAAAUUGGAACCACAAAAGAUGUAGAAGUUUUGGUUAUAGAUGCCAACAGCUCUUUGGAAGACAUGGAAAUAGCAUAUGAGAAGCACAGAGAAAAAAUUUUACCUUUCAUUUCUUCCUCGUCUCUCCCAGUUGAAACAUUGGAGGGACUUGGCCAUUAGAUCAGCCGAGUCUGUCACUCUCUAGUCUCUGAACUGAAACUGGCUCAAGUAUCUAGAUCAGAGAUAACAGCACACUGGUCUGCAUGCUCUCCAGAAAGAUUUAUUUUGAGAGGGAUUUCAUGAUGCCAGUGUCUAAACAACACUCAGAAUGGAAAUAGAAGCAUUUGAAAAAAAUGGUUCCAUUCUAACAUGAAUUAUAAGUAGAGUUUUAUAUGAAUAUUGAUUGCGGAGCUCUACAAGUAUUAGCCAACUCCUACAAAAAGUAAACAUCAAACUUGUCUACCAAGAGCAGAGAUAAAAUAUGUUUGGAAUUUUGUUCAAAUGUUCAUAAACAUAUUAUGUGGUCAACAUGAUGAUCUGUUAUACUUUACUCUGUGCUGUAGUAAAAACCACUAAAAACUCCACUUGAAUCCGCAAGAUUUGGUCUGCUCCUGUAUCUCACAAGAUUAAAAUAUUCUAGAAAUGAAUUGAAAAUUUAUUGCAAAAAGUUUUGCUUUCUAUCAAAUGUUAUUUUCAACCAUAUAUAUUUCACAUGUUUAAAGUGGUGUAUACAAGUACACUCAACCAUUGUACAUACUCCAUCCAACAAGAUGACCAAUAUGCACUAGCACUUGUAUACCCAAAGGUAUCUUUGUCUUUCAUAGCCAACUGAAACGUUUUAUUUUCAAAAUGAUCUAAUGAGAAUUAAAACACGUAAUCCGUCAUGUUUUACACAAAAUCUUUUACACAACUCUGGAUUUACAUCCAAUUGUAUUUUUAUUUUGGAUCACAACUUUGCUAAUGUAGGCUUUGGGAAAACUUUAUCCUUUGCUUUUAGCACAAUGUACUCCCACAGAUUGUUUACAGUAGGUUGGGAAAAUAUCAUGCGUCGCCCUUCCCUACUGAUUCAUUUAGCCAAGUGAAACUUGGUUGUCCAAGGUGUUAAUAGCGUUACAGCAGCUUUACCCUUGCCUUUGGAAUGUCAAACAGUUCUGAAGCCAUUUUGCAUUUUCCGUCUAUUUGUAAAAUCUCUUUUGAUUCUCUUCAAUUAAAGUUUAAAAAAAAACAAAAAACUUGAUUCUUUUUAAGUCUCCACAGUAAAUGAUCUCAUAUUUUGUUUUAUUAAAAAUUAUUUUUUGUGUGUAUUAUAUUAUGAGACUAUGUUGGGGUAAGGUUACAAAUGGUCUAAAUUAUAUUAUGAGACUAUGUUGGUGUAAGGUUACAAAUGGUCUAAAUUAUAUUAUGAGACUAUGUUGGUGUAAGGUUACAAAUGGUCUAAAUUAUAUUAUGAGACUAUGUUGGUGUAAGGUUACAAAUGGUCUAAAUUAAAUUAUGACUGUGUUUUUGGUGUAAUGUUGAAAAUGUUCUUAAUAAAAAUUGUCUCUGUGUUCCAAAUGCAUUUGUGUUGGACAAGGCUGUGAUAUUUAAUUAUCUAUGGCCAGAUUUUUUAAUGCAAUAAGUUUAUCUUAAGUGCCACAAUUUUCAUUUCAUUGCAAUAAGAAAAAUGGAUCCAUGUUGAUUAGAAGAAAUUUGUGCAAAUCCAGACCAAUAUUAGCUUAUGCAUCUUUUAUUGAGGAACUGCUCAACUCAAAAAAUUAGAGCUCUUUUUUUUCAAAGUCUCAUUAGAACCUAAAAACCAAUGACUUUCUAGAGUUGAAGUCUAUAAUUAACAUGUGUGAAUAGAUUGACACAUGAUACAAAUACUUAAUGAUCAUCUUUGAAGGAACAUCUGUAAUUUAUAAGUCUCCAUUGUUAUUUUGAUACAGUCGAGUUUCAUCAGUUUCUGAGGAUGUAGUGUGGCUAAUUCAACCAAUAAAAAUGUAAUGUCCAUGAUGGUUUAUUUUAAUCUAGUUAGAAUGUGGCUACUUUCACUUCUAAGGAAUAUCAGAGGAGUUGUCUCCAUUUGGACUAGGCCUUUGAAUUCAGCUUUGGGAUUGUCAUAGAAUGCAACUUAUUUCUGUUUAUUUUUGUGGAUUACAAUAUUUAUUGCAGAAUUAAUCUCUGAUUUACCCUUCCCUAUCAGUUAGGACAUGAGAGAGAGUUAUGAUUAGAGAGUAAUUAGACUACAAUAAGUAGCAGAAUGUGACAGUAUAAGUAAAUUCAUUAGAUUGGAAAUGGAAAGAUUCUAUAUUAUAAAUCAGUUCACAAUGACUCCUGUUAUUUUUUUGUUUGCCACCAUGCCAAGAAUUAAGUUUCACUAUUCAAUAUUUAUUAACCAGUUUCAAUUAUGGUAAGAGACAAUAAAUGAAACAGUACCUUAUAAGUUUUUCAAAUUUUCCCUUUUUAUGCCUGUUGGUCCAGUGGGGAAUUUUUUGUUUUCCAGUUCUGGUUGACGUUUGUUUUUAUUGAUAAAUUCUUGAACUUUUUACAAAAUAACACAAUCAUGUACUAGCAAGUUAGUCACACACACAGGGACGGUCUUUUGUGGGUGUCAUUCCUUGGGAAAAAUGCCAAUCCUACGCUUUCAUGUAAUAAAAUGUAAUAAUCAGGCGAAUUUUCACCUUUAUUGGAAGUUCCAAUACUUAAUUUACUUUUAAAGUAAAGUUGAUUUGAUCGCAAUUUUGUACUUAGUAAAGAUUGAAUAAAAUUCAAAGUCAAUUUUUUUUCUAAUACAAAAUUUUAAUUUUUACGUAUUAUCCUUAUCACAACCCAGACUAGGCCCCGCGCAAUCAGUUUCGCAUAGGGCCCCGCAAUUGUUAGAUCCGUCCCUGCACACACACAUUAUGUUGCCAACAUUAACUCUCCCAUUCACUCAGAUUAUUAUCCUUAAUUUUUUAACCGGCUUUGUUGGAUACAAAUGAGGAUCUCAGUUCACUUCCUGUGUAAUCAUCAGAAAUUGUGAAUGUCGUAGCAUCCAUCCAACUAUUGAAUGAUACCAAAUGUCUUUUACAUCUUGCUUUCUCAGAAGGGUUUUAUAUGUAUGAAUACUAAAUAUAUAAUUCAUUUUUAAGCCCAAAAGUGAAAGCUUGUUAAAGACCAUAGAUGGUCGUGUGGUAUACACAUUGGACUGAUGUCAUGAAUUCAUGGGUUCAAUGCCUGCCUGCUGUCAUCCCCUGUCGUACUGUGGGAGGUUUAGGCUAGGAUGUAAUUAUCUUCAGAAACUGAAGGAACAACCGAAAUAUUUUACAAACAAGUAGUGAGAUUGGAUCCAUUAACCUCUAUAUUCAACAUAAAUAAUAAACCUGAUUUUAACAAUUUUUGACAUCUUGUUUAAAAAAUGGUUUACACAUAUUUGCAUAAAUUACGCAGAGUGUAUUUUGAAAAUAAAAAAGUAUGCUAUUAAAGGAUCAAAAA